CAAAAUUUGUGAGGAAAGAUGGCGGCUGUCAUUACCGUACGGGGUCCAUUCGCGUUUACGAGACGUCUGGUCUCUGCACGCUUGCACAAGCACUGCUGCUCAAAGAUCCAGACAGCUUGCCUCAUAUACCGACCCCACUCAUAUUCUCUUAGUGCUGGGCAACAGCAUCGCUUCUUUCACACUAGCUAUGUUGCAGCAAGACCAAUUAUGCCAUUUAAGCUUUCAGAUAUUGGGGAGGGCAUUAUGGAGGUGACAGUUAAAGAAUGGUAUGUGAAAGUGGGUGACAAAGUUUCUCAGUUCGACAGCAUCUGUGAAGUUCAGAGUGAUAAAGCAUCUGUAACGAUCACUAGCCGAUAUGAUGGAAUAAUUCGGAAACUGUACUAUGAUGUCGAUUCAAUUGCACUUGUAGGCACACCUCUUGUUGACAUUGAAACAAAUGGAGGCCAGGUGGAGGGACCUCAGGAGGACGUGGUGGAGACACCGGCCAUUUCCCAAGUGGAGCACACACACCAGGAUAUCAAAGGUCACAAAACUCAGGCAACACCUGCAGUGAGACGCUUAGCCAUAGAGAACAAUAUUAAACUAAGUGAAGUCAUCGGCACUGGAAAGGAUGAGCGCAUUCUCAAAGAGGACAUCCUCAACUUCAUAGCUAGGCAGACUGGGGCCAUAUUACCCCCCGCCCCAUUCCAGGAGAUUCGACCUCCAGCAUCUGCUGCACCUUUAGCAAAACCAAAAGAAAAGGUGCUUCCGCCCAGUAUUCCCACCUCUGUUGUCCCUAAACCUGUUUUUACAGGCAAAGACCGCACUGAGCCUGUAAAAGGUUUUCAGAAAGCAAUGGUUAAGACUAUGUCAGCAGCCCUGAAGAUCCCUCACUUUGGCUUCAAAGAUGAAGUAGAUCUGACACAGUUGGUGCGAUUGCGUGCCGAGCUGAAGGGAUUGUCAGAGUCUCGAGGCGUGAAGCUCAGCUACAUGCCAUUUUUCAUCAAGGCAGCGUCACUUGGGCUCCUCCAUUUCCCCAUUCUUAACGCAUCUGUCGAUGAAAACUGCACAAAUAUCACCUAUAAGGCUGCUCAUAACAUCGGAUUGGCAAUGGACACCAGUCAAGGUCUUCUAGUUCCUAAUGUGAAGAACGUACAGAUGCUCAGCGUCUUUGAAAUCGCAGUGGAACUCAACCGUAUGCAGACGUUGGGUGCAUCUGGUCAAUUGGGGACCACCGACCUUACUGGGGGGACAUUCACCCUGUCAAAUAUUGGAUCGAUUGGUGGAACCUAUGCAAAGCCGGUUAUAUUACCUCCUGAGGUUGCUAUUGGUGCUUUUGGGAAGAUUCAGGUGCUACCUCGGUUCAACCAUAAAGGCGAGGUAGUGAAAGCACAUAUCAUGAACUUCAGCUGGUCUGCCGACCAUCGAAUCAUCGACGGAGCCACCAUGUGUCGUUUCUCCAACAUGUGGAAAUCUUACCUGGAGAACCCCGCCUCCAUGGCCCUGGAUCUAAAAUAAAGACCACACUUUCCUUAAACACAUCUAACAACUGGUGAUGUCAUAUCCUGAAACUACAGAUUUAUACUCCGGCAAAGAGCUCAUGUCAUUUGAGCCACUCCUUCCAUUAUAAUAGUUGCACAUUUAAAACUUAUUUGUGUAUUUACACCUUUGCAAAUCUUAUAUCCAACUGGAGUUUUGUUGUUUGUUUCCUUUGUGUGUUUUGCUAAGAUUUAAAGUUGUCUCCUGUUGUUGCCUUACUGACGUAGGAUGUUACAUCUACCAGAACGUAUUGUGAAUUUCUGAACGGUAGAGAAUAUGAACGUAUUAAUGUAGCUAUAAGAACACACCCAUGAACACUGAUUUGUUCACUAGUUACUAGAUUUGAACACUAGUUACUGUCAAAUCAGAAAGUCACUUUAGUGGCAUUGCACAAUGGUUUUUAAAACGCGUUCACAAUAGUUACAAACAGAGGUGAUCUCUGAUAGUGGAUAACAUCUAAACAAAACAAAAAUCUGUCAGGGCGAAUCUCACGGAAACAUGUAGACUCAAAAUUCAAAUACAUUUUUUUGCAUCAAUUAUUUUAAUUACAAAUUAAGUGCAUUUUCACCAUAAAUGUGAAUACCAUCAUGCAUUUGGAUGUUUUACCUUUGAGUUUUUUCUUGUCAUUUUCACUAUCCUCGAUUCUCAACUGUAAUACAGUAAUAUUUUACAGUAUAACAGUAAAGAAAAUACUUUUAUAAUUUUAAUUAAAAUCAGCACAAGUUAAAACAAUCUUUUUUUUUUUUUUACAUACAAAAUAAAAAAAACAAUGAAAAAUGUCUUAUGAUUUUGGUGUGAAAUAUGACCAGGACAUGUUCUUCUUGACAGGUUUCGUGAGAUUCACCUGCCCAUUUAGUUUUUGUUUUGUUUGUUUUUUAAGAAUGCUGCUUUUCUUCUCAGACUGAUGUCAUUGGAUAUGUGCGUAAUAUAGAUUCAUUUUGACUGGAGAGAAUUUUUACUGCCGUAAUCUCACCUUCUCUGGUGUGAUGAUUCUACACAUGGACACAAAAGUCUUGAAACUGAUGUUAAAUGAAAAAUGGGAGCUUCUUUAAUGGACUUUUGAGCAGGGCCGUAGCGAGUAAUUCUGGGCCCCCUGACUAUUAAAAUAAUAGUUUUGAAUUUGUCAUGGGCCUUCUUGAUGUUUGGGGCCCUAGAAUCGUUACCGCCUUUCACCCCACUAGCUAUGGCCCUGCUUUUGAGCGUGUGAAUUUUGAAAGAAAGCGUUUUAAUAAAUUAUACACUCAAAAAAAUUU